UCGCUCGUUGGUUGGAACAUUUGACGAGGUAGCAGAGUUCGUCAGAACAGAAGGGCAUGAGCUCAUUUAGUAAGAGUUCUGUUGUUGGUUCUGCAAAGGCCACAGUGUUUUUCGCCUUCAUUACAAACACUGAUUAGUGUCGAGUUAAUUAAAAUGGCGACCAAAGCAGCAGCGACAUGGAGGAGCGUCAGUUGCUUCUUGCACCCCGCUCUGCGGCCACACCGCCUGUCGGCAGCGAGCUGUCGGCUCUGUAGUUCCGAGCAGGCGACACAGCAGGAAGAGGCCAUAAAGACAUCUACAUUAAGGCCAGAGCCCAGCUCUACGCAUGACUGGAUCGGUCCACCAAACCCUCUGUCAAACCUGCGGCCCAUUGUUUACCGCAUCAGUGAGAACGAAUCUGAUCCGGAAAAGCAGCUGAGAAAGUUGAGGCAGGAGACAGAGAACUGGAAUCACAACUUCUGGACCAAGCAGAACAUCAGCUUCAGCAAGGAAAAAGAUGCUUUCAUCAUCUCACACCUGAAAGCAAAAGGAUUGACUGUUCGUGGGGAAGAUGGAAGACGGCGCUCCCUAAGCAGUGAAGAGAUGGCUAUAUUUUACAAAAGCUUCCUGGAUGAAAACAGACUGCGUCAUGCAAAUUACAACAAAGAAUGGUACAGACGUAACUUCACCAUCACUUUGCUCAUGGCCCAAGUUGCCCUCAACAGCUUGUGGAGGACUGUUACUAAAAAACGGUGCAAGAAGAAAAAAAGCACUCCAACAGUUUAACAAUGAAUAAAAUAUGUACAUAUCA